AUGGACAACGACACAAGUAUGGGCGAGGUCCCCGCCUCCCGCCUCCUCGACCCCCAAAUCUUCGAGCACCUCAAGAACAAGAUCGACGAGGAUCAGCUGGUUAGGGACCAGAUGAGCCAGACGGUCCAGAAGCUUGACAGAGCCAUUUCCUACGUCCAGGGCCUCCUGUCGCGCGUCCACGCUACCCCGCGUGAGCAGUAUGCCCCUCUUCUGUCCGACGUUCAAAAGGGCAUCGAGAAGGAGGUCGAGGUCAUCGGUGAGCUGCAGGAGAUGGCCUCGAAGCACCCGUACUACAAGUACAACCAGAAAUGGAACCGUCAAGUCCAGAACGCCAUCUUCACCGUCAUCGUAUGCGGCUGGCUCGGCGGCCUCACCUCGGACGGCAAGCCCGGCCCGGUCGGUCGUCUUCUGACUCUCGAGGAGGUCGGCGAGAUCUUCAAGGUCCCUGUUAACCUCAAGGACCGCGACGCCUUCCACCUGACCAUCGAGGAGUACCUCCUCGCCCUCACCGACGUGACCUCGGAGCUCUCGCGCCUCGCCACCAACGCCGUCACCCUGGGCGACUUCUCCCUGCCCGUCGAGAUCAGCAGCUUCGUCAAGGACCUCUUCGCCGGCUUCCAGCUCCUGAACCUCAAGAACGACAUCCUCCGCAAGCGCGUCGACGCGGUCAAGUACGACGUCAAGCGGGUCGAGGACGUCGUCUACGAUCUCUCCCUCCGCAGCCUGAUUCCCAAGAAAGAGACGGCCGCGCAGCCGGCGACCGAGUAA